AUGAACAAAAACUACGAAAGAUGUACUCAUUGUAAUCGCCGUAAAUGGCUUGCUUCAGGUUGCCUACGAAAGUGGUUAAAACCACUGGAAUGUAAACAUUUACAGCGAACUGUUGACAACAAAAGAGAUUUUAAUAAUACAGAUGGUGUUUUUAUACCAGAACGUAUGCCUUCAAUGAACACAAAUAAAUUUGUAAAGUUUUGGAAAAAUAAGUUGUUUAUAACUGGCAAUGUUAGAUCACUACAGAGAUACUUCGGCAACAAAAACAGUGGUGGAGAACAUCUAUGCAGUCUUAGCAAAUGUAGCGGUGAACCAUCAACUUCGUCCGACAAGAGAGUUACUGCUGCAACGGGACACGAGUCCAAAAAAGAUUUCCCACUAAACAGACAAGCAGUAAAAUGUCAACAUUCAGAUGGUCACUCAGUACUUCGUGGACAUCACCAACAUGUCUCACUUGAAACUUGCGCAAUUUACUGCCAGUUGUCAAAGCAUGGAUGGUACUGGGGAGGUAUCACCUCAAGUGAGGCAGAGGAACUGCUUGCAGGGCAACAUGACAAUGUCUUCUUAGUGCGAGACUCGUGUGACUCUCGACACAUUCUCUGUGUAUCUUUCCGCUGUGUGGGCCGCACACUGCAUGCUCGACUCAGACACGCCAAUGGUCUCUUUUCUCUGAACAAUGAAACAUUUGUACCAGCUAACAGAAUAUCAGAACAUUGUGCUGCUGUUGAUGUGAAAUCAAACCUUUUCGAGAUGCCUGUUAAAUUAGCAAGGCCACUAAAUAGAUUUGCCAAGCUGGACUCUUUACAAAUGAUCUGUAGAUUUGUCAUAAGACAAACUGUAUCAGCAACAGUAUGGAGCAAGUUGCCACUACCACCAAACUUAAUAUCUUAUGUUACUAUUGGCAGUGACUAUAUUGUACCAACAUAG